AUGGAUGAAUUUAUCAAAUGGCCAGAAGAUAACCAGGAAGAAACCUUUGAGCCACAAGCUAUUGAUAUUGGCGCAGAAGGAAUUGGUAUUGAAAAGGAUGAACAGGCAAUGAAUAUGAACAUGCUUAUAUAUAUACCUGUCUUUCUUUUUACUAAGUUAACUCCUAGAAGACGCCAAAAAUUGGUCUUUGCAGGGAAAGCCCAGCGCUUCGAAAAUGACAGCCCGGGAGCUCAAUUUAAGGGAGGCCGUAUAUUGAGUAGAUUUUUAUGGCUAUCCUUUAAUUCCAAUGACCCAAAUGAAUUACUAAUCCUGCAAAACCGGAUACAAGAUGAAGUACGACAAAGUGAAGCCCAGCAGUUAAUGGCUUUACAAACCGGCAUUGAUCCUGGGUAUAACCGAAGACUUGUAGAUAAUAAUGGUGUUCUUAUCUUACCUGUGGAAAUUGAGUUGGAUUAG